AUGUCCCGCCAAAGGGCAAUCUCUGGAGGUCCCCUGAGGGACACUCUUCAGCAGGAUGUGCUGACAGGGCGAGUAAUUGGAGGCCACGAAGCCCAACCAAACAGCUGGAAGUGGCAGGUAUCACUUCAGAUUGCCUACCCUAACGACCCGGGAUACUAUGCUCACAUUUGUGGUGGAACCCUUAUCAGCAGCAAGUGGGUCAUGACUGCAGCCCAUUGCCUCAGCGUGCCCUCAGGAGCAUCCUACCGUGUGGCUCUGGGUGAGCACAACCUCCUGGAGGUGGAUGGCACUGAGUACUACAUUGAUGUGGAUGCAAUCUUCAUUCAUGAUGGCUGGAAUCCCAAUGACAUUGCCAAUGGCUAUGACGUUGCUCUGCUGCGCCUCGAGUCUCCUGCCAGUGCCAACGGGUUCGUCGAGCUGGGAGUGCUUCCACCUGAAGGAGAAAUUUUGCCCAAUAACUACCCCUGCUAUGUCACCGGCUGGGGGGUGGUUAGUGCGGGGGGCGGCAGCGCAGACAGGCUGCAGGAGGUGACGCUGCCGGUGGUCGACCACGAGAUCUGCUCCCAGGAUGAUUGGUGGGGAUCCCUGGCAAAGGACACCAUGCUCUGUGCUGGUGGAGAUGGCGUGAAGGCUGGAUGCAGUGGGGAUUCUGGGGGCCCUCUCAACUGCUACAAAGAUGAUCACUGGGAAGUCCAUGGGAUUGUCAGCUUUGGGUUAGUGCCCUACUGUAACACCUACCAGAAACCAACAGUCUUCACUCGAGUGUCAGCCUAUGUGGACUGGAUCUACAGUUCAUCCCGUCUGCACCCUGCUUGCAGCACCCACAAGCACAGCAUUACUCAUCCCCCGCUCUCGUUUCGUUUUUCGGUGCCUGCACGCGUUGAACCGCGUGUGCAGCCACCAGACCAGAAAGCAUUCCUCUCCGGGUGGCGGAACAGCCUCCGGAAAAGGGAUGAGUCAUUUGGCGACCAGGGGCCGGCGGGGACGGGGACAGGCUGUGACGCCAGGCUCGGCGACUCCAAACCUGGCGCCGGGCGGGAAUAA